GUUGAAAUUACCUCCCUUGCUCCGUGAAUUCGGAACGAUUUGAUGUUUCCAUUGCGGUAAGAUGACCGAAACGUUGAGGGAAAAGUUUGUCAACUUACCGAAUGUAAACAAUACAGGUGUGUCCAACAGGGUAUACAAUGAAACAUCUCUACAGGCAAAAUUAUGAAGAAAAGUUACCCUGCACCUUAAAUGGAUAAUAAUGGACAAAAUCCGUUUCAUACAUUUAACCUGGAUAGCUCAUUAAAAUAUACGGUAACAUGCUAACCAGGCCGAGGUCCUUGAUUUAUGCUGGUGUAAUGCCUGGAGCAAGUUGACACUUCAGACACUGGACAAUCAACAUCUGUUGUACAAAGUUGCCGAAUUCUGUGCAGAGAAAAUGGAAUAAUGAUAUUCUUCAAGGCUGUGAAAUCAAGAUGGAAUGACCAAACAUAAUUUUUCAAGUAGACAAGAAACAGGACUAUGUCUUUAAAGGUUACGAUAAUCAUGAUCAGUAUACCCGUGCGCUAAGUUAGGAACAGUAAUUCUAAACCAAAAAUGACGUUACCAAGUGCCGUCAACUUCACCACUACAGUGAAGACGACUGUCCUCUUCAACGAUACAAACUCGAAUGUAACGGAGGUAUUCAAUAUUUCGGAACCAGGUAGCAUGCGACCAUGGAAUACUAUAGAGAAAGUAGUGUUUGGUACCUGGCUUUCUAUAUCAAUGCUGUGUGCUGUAAUUGGAAAUUUAAUGGUAAUUGUUGUUGUCUUUCGGCACAAAGGAAUGCAGACGCGGACAAAUAUGUUCCUUGUGAAUUUGGCGAUAGCUGAUUUUCUAGUUGGAAUUUUGCUUGCUCCGUUUUCAUUAACGACUUUAAUCAGUGAAAAAUGGAUAUUUGGCGAAGUCAUGUGCAAUAUAAAUGGAUUUAUGAAUGCAGUAUGUUUUAUAACUUCUAUUCAUACGUUAAUGUAUAUCAGUAUUCACAAGUAUGUCUCAAUUACACGACCAUUCAGUAGGAUACUCAAUCAUUGGAAAAUUCUUAUAAUGAGUGCCGCUGCGUGGUUGUGGGCAAUUAUUUGUGCCAUUUUAACCAUGUUUGUAUUAAGUAAGGUUGUCUCAAAGCCGGGAGCCAUGCAGUGUGGCCCGGAAUACCCACGAAACCAGUUAGAAUAUUUACACCACGUUAUCAUAACGGGUACGAAUAUAGUCAUACCUCUAGCAAUUAUGACAUUUGCAUAUGCACGGAUGUAUUGCGAAUUUAGAAGUCAUGCAAAACGACUUCGUCAAAACUCAACUUUACAAACAGACCAAAUUUUAGCGCAGCAAAUUCAAGUGACAAAGACACUAUUUAUUGUGUUGGCUUGCUUCAUGCUAUGCUGGCUGCCAUAUUUUGCAUAUUCUUCCUACGUGUCAACUAUAAAAGACAAGUCUAAGAUCCUGGCUUGGGCAAACCCUGCUGCGUAUUGUUUCAUGUACAUGAAUUCGGGAUGUAAUCCCAUAAUCUACGCUUGGCGGAGUCCAUCCUUCCGAGAAGGAUACAAGGAAAUCCUUUGCCAGAAGUCAGGAUAUAUCGUCAGCGAUGAGAUCACAAAGUUAUUUGCUAACCACAUGUUCGGUAGUGGCCACAUGUUCAGUGGCAGUGGCCUUGUAUUUGGUAAUGGUAUGAGUGCCACGGCCAGUGCAGACACUAUACGUGAUUCUGAUUCCCCAGGAAUUAUGCGUAGACUGUCGACAAUGCUUCAUUCAUCAUUUAGAUCAUCACGUCUUAGUACUCAAAGGAAUUCCGAGGAUUGCUCUAGUUUAAACUCGGUACACUUAUCUCGUACCACAUCAGUUUCCAGCCCUAGUCAUACACUUUUACGCCGAGCUACGUCGAAAACUGCUAAAGGAAGUUCUAUUAUUCGUAAAGAUGGCUCUGUAAUCAUUACAAAAAAUGGGAAAAUUAUUUCCGUAAGGCGGGAUAUGGACUCCUUGAAGAGAGACAAAAGUUUUAGUGGAUUUGAAGAUGUAAAAGCGAGGCACACAAAUGGUCUUUCUAAAUGUUACAGUGAAGUAAACAUGACUGAUAAAGGAACAGUAGAGUUGUCUCCCUUACUAAAAACUAACAAUAAUAUUGGGGGUUACAAAUCGCCACGCCGAUCUCCGCUUACAUCUAGAGAUAAUGUAAAUACUAAAUUUGGCCACACCUCUUUGACAAAGAUUGACAGUGUUGAUGAAACUGAAACAGAGUUCAAUGAAAAUAGGCUUCGCCUACCGCAGCGACAAUUGUCACGGCCGAGCCAAUCAAUGACAAUUUUACCAAGGGAGGAAACUUCACCAUCAAUUCAUUCUCAGGAAAAUUUGAGUAACUCCCCUUCAGUCAAAUCUGAUUUAGAUGAUGUGUUUGUUAGUCCAGUGCCUACAAUAUACAGUUCACAGGAGGGCAUGCUUAAUUCUAUGUCAUUGCAACCUGUCAUUAAAGACAAGAAAAAACUUGCAAAAAGUGACAAUCAACUGGAUGAAAUUGAGUCCUUAGACGCCUCGACAAUCAGUAAAAGCAAGAAGUCAUUAUCAAAAAGUUCAAAUGUGGUAUAUAAGGUUCCAUUACUAAGAUAUCCAUCUGUAGAGAAGCUUGAUGUCCCCUCUCAGAUCCCUCGAUGCUCAAGUGAUGCAUCUUCAAUCCCUAAACUGGGGCUACCGAGAUCAGCGCUGCAUGUUCGACGAUGGUUUUCUAAUAAAAAUAUAGACAACACUCAAAAAAGUACAACCUGAUGGAAGAAUUUUUAACAUGUGUACCUAGCAUUCCAAAAUCAUAAACUUAUCUUUUAUAUCCUUAGUUAACCUUUACCCUGCUAAAUUUCUAAAAUGGACUGGUUCAUCAUUCAAUUCGGGCAGUACCAUAUAUUAUUGGAAGGGGAGUUCAAUGAAAAUUUACUGACCGAAUAGCAAACAGUGCAGACCAUGUCGCCAAGGCAGAAUCAAUUGCCACCAGCAGGCUUAAGGUUAAUAAAAAUCUUAAAAUGGCAAAAGAAACGCAGCUACAUUGACAAACUUAUUAAGUUAUUAGCUUUGUAUUGAGAAAUAUGCACAAGUUCUGCUGUGGAAAUAUUGCCUGACUUUACAUGCACAAUAUUUUCGCUGGAAAGAAGGUUUAGAGCAGAAUAAUAUUUUACGAGUGCAUAUUUCUCGAUGCAAAGAUGAUAACCUUUUUAUAUUAUAUGCAUCUGCUGUUGUAACUAUGAUGUAAAUUAUAUAAGUAUGUUAUUAGUAAAUUGAAAAUAUUGCAGUUAAAAAACUUUCUUACAUGAUAAUACGCAUGAAAGUGGUGUCACAAAUUAUGUCUUUACACCCAAUAUAAAAUUUGAAUGUAUGUUUGGAAAAAUACUGAUGUUUAAGGUUCUAAUGUGAUGGAGUUUAAAAAUGAUCAUGUAAUAAAAGAACUUAUGGUCAUUUUAAAGUCUUUUGAUCACAGUUGUGGUGAAAAUUUUUAAUGCCAUUGUUCACACUAAAUCCAGAGAUCAUUGAAUUGUGUAUAAUUGUAACAUUAAUUUAACUUGAUACAGGGUUUUUGAAUUGAACAUUUUGUAUAAAGAUGUCUUGCGAUUUUGCGAGAAAUGUUUUUAGACGAAAUGAUCUCUUUUUGACUAUUUUACAAUCUAAACUAUUUUAAUUAGACAUCUGGUAUUACAUGUGUAUGACUUUUUUAAAACAACAUAGAUAGCCGACAUUAGAUUUGCGAGACUUUUAAACAAACCAGACAGCUGACAUUAUAUUUUUAGGACUCAGUCACACCAUAGAUUGCUGACUUUAUAUUUGCGAGACUUUUAAACACAUCAUUGAUAGCUGACUUCAGAUUGUGAGACUUUUAAACACACCAUUGAUAGCUGACUUUAUAUUUGUGAGACUUUUAAACACACCAUGGAUAGCUGACUUUAUAUUUUGGAGACUUUUAAAUACACCAUAGAUUGCUGACUUUAUAUUUGUGAGACUUUUAAACACACCAUUGAUAGGUGACUUCAGAUUUGUGAGACUUUUAAACACACCAUAGAUUGCUGACUUCAGAUUGUGAGACUUUUAAACACACCAUAGAUUGCUCACUUUAUAUUUGUGAGACUUUUAAACACACCAUUGAUGGAUGACUUCAGAUUGUGAGACUUUUAAACACACCAUUGAUAGCUGACUUUAUAUUUGAGAGACUUAAACACACCAUAGACAGCUGACUUUAUAUUUGUGAGACUUCAAAACACACCAUUGAUAGAUGACUUCAGAUUUGUGAGACUUUUAAACACACCAUAGAUAGCUGACUUCAGAUUGUGAGACUUUUAAACACACCAUAGAUAGCUGACUUCAGAUUGUGAGACUUUUAAACACAUCAAUCAGCUGAUACUAUAACACAUCAUAGACAGCUGACAUUAUUAGACUUCUAAUCACACCUUAGAUUGCUGAUUUUAUAUUUCGGCGACUUUUAAACACACCAUAGACAGCUUACAUUAUCUUUUUGAGACUUUUAAACACACCAGACAGCUGACAUUAUCUUUUUGAGACUUUUAAACACACCAUAUACAGCUGACUUUAUAUUUUUGAGUAUUUAACACACCAGGCAGCUGACAUUAUAUCUAUACAUUUUGACUUGACAUGUAUUUAUUGAAAUAAUGUGAGAUUGUUUGAGUAAAAAGUAAAGAAAAACUUGUUUUCUGACCAUUUAGUUUAUUCAAUUAAUAGCUUAUUUGCAUUAUGACAAUUUGGUUGUUCCUUGAGCUAAAUAUUUGAAAGAAAUAUUGCCAUGUGAUCUAACAUAUUGAAAUAAAAUUUUAUGUGUUUGCACGUUGUUUGGGCAUUUGAAUAAUAUUUAUAUUUGAACAUUUUCUCUACUUCAUAAAAUUAUUUGUUUUAAUACAGGAUUUUUAUUUAGUUUAUAGAAUGUGCAUAAGAAGUUUUCAAAGUAUUUUAAUGUUACCCAAUUUUGAAAGUAUUUUAAUGUUAAUUGACUAUUAUUAGAAAGAAUUUAGUGGCUUUGCUGGAAUUACAUUGUUGCUUUUUUCUUUUACUGUUUAUUGUUAUAAUCUCUAUUAAUUGUUGUCAUAGAUAUGCUGAAGAAAUUGAUUAUAUUUGUUGUUACAUAAUUUAAUUUAUUUGAUUAUAGUAGGAAUAAUUGUGAAAAAUGAUGCAGAGGGGCUGAAGGUUAUAUACCAGUGAUUUUGGUGGGAGGAUGUUGUACUUUAAAUAUACAACCUUCAUUAAUUUUUUCUGUAAAAUAAAUGCAUUUUAUACUAUUUUAUCUUUUUGUAACUUACAUUCUUUUAAUACAAAUGUAGAUACUGUAUAAAAAUCAACAGAAAUGUUAAGAUAUAAAAAGAAUGUUUUCAGUCACAAUGUAGAAUGAGUCCAACAAGAAAUCCAGAAUUUUAGUUUUGGUGUGUUAUCUAUGUUUACCAUCAUGAAUUUCAAUGUCUGUUAUAACAAAAUGUAAAUGACUCAAAAAAAAUUUCAUCAUCCUGCUGUUAGUCUUUUGCAAAAUGACUUAUAAUUUACAGAAAGGUUCCUUUUUGAGUGAAAGGACAUAUUAACGGUAUUUGGAUCUGUAUUAACAUGAAUUUCAUUUUGGGCGUAAUUUUGCCCUUAAGCUUAUGGCUUACAUUUACAAAAACUUACUCUUUUUAUCUCACUUUAUGUAUGUUAUAACAUGUUUUAUAACUAUUUUGUUAUUCAAGUAUUAGCAGAUUUUAUGUAUAAAAAUUAUAAAAACAUACCAAAGAAUCAUAUUUGUAGAUAAUUGUUUAGAGAUAUGAACAUGACAAAAUAUCCAUGACAGCUUUGGUGUUCCAUAAGCACCCUAUAGAUUAUCUAAUAUAUUUGAUGAUACAGUCAAACUUUGUUCGUUCGUACUUGACGUGACCGACAAAAUUUGUUCGAGUUAUCAGUAGUUUGAGUCAUCAAACAAUAUACAUUAUACAGGGAGUUUGCUGUGACCUCAUGAUGAGUUCACAUGAAGGGCGGAGUUUGAGAGAACAAAAUUUGACUGUACUUAUAUUUUCAAUUGUCUAUCUUGAGAUGAAACUUCGAAAAAUAUAUUUUUCAAUAAAGUAGUGUUAUUAGUACACAUAAAACAGAAAUGACAACAUAGUAAAAAUCUUUUGGAAAGUUUCUUACCUUGUACUGGUAGUCGUAUGAAAUAUGGAACUGAAGUAUUGUCAUAUUAAAAUCAUACUAGAUAGUAUCAUAAACUUCACUCAUAAUAUUUCUUGUAAAAUGACUGGGCAGGUCCCGUCAUGUUUUCCUAAUCAGAUAUGAAAUAAACAUGACUUCGUGGUUUUUGUAGAGUUUAUGAACUGUUGUUAAACCAACUUUAGCAUUAUGGAGAAAUACAUUUAUAAAAAUGUUCUGUUUGGUGUCUCACAUCACAUAAUUAUUCUCAAAUUGGUUGAAUUUAUCACUGAAAAGAUAGAACAAAAAAUAAGUAAAACCUAAUAUUUAUCAUUUUUAGCUCGACUAUUCGAAGAAAAGUAGAGCUAUCCUACUCACCACGGCGUCGGCGUCGGCGUCACACCUUGGUUAAGUUUUUCGUACCAGUCCACAUUUUGACAAAGUCUUUUGAGAUAAAGCUUUGAAACUUUCAACACUUGUUUACCAUCAUCAUGGCCAGUUAUAGGCAAGAGCACAUAACUCCAUCAAGGAUUUUGGCUGAAUUAUGGCCCCUUUUGACUUAGAAAUCAUGGUUAAGUUUUUCGUACCAGUUCAUAUUUUGACAAAGUCUUUUAAGAUAAAGCUUUGAAACUUUCAACACUUGUUUACCAUCAUCAUGCCCAGUUAUAGGCAAGAGCACAUAACUCCAUCAAGGAUUUUGGCUGAAUUAUGGCCCCUUUUGACUUAGAAAUCAUGGUUAAGUUUUUCGUACCAGUUCAUAUUUUGACAAAGUCUUUUAAGAUAAAGCUUUGAAACUUUCAACACUUGUUUACCAUCAUCAUGCCCAGUUAUAGGCAAGAGCACAUAACUCCAUCAAGGAUUUUGGCUGAAUUAUGGCCCCUUUUGACUUAGAAAUCAUGGUUAAGUUUUCCGUACCAGUUCAUAUUUUGACAAAGUCUUUUAAGAUAAAGCUUUGAAACUUUCAACACCUGUUUACCAUCACUAUGUCCAGUUAUAGGCAAGAGUACAUAACUCCAUCAAGGAUUUUGGCUGAAAUAUGGCCCCUUUUGACUUAGAAAUCUUGGUUAAGUUUUUCGUACCAGUUUAUAUUUUUUGUAAAGUGUUUGACAUAUGGCUUUGAAACUUUUAUCACUUGUUAAGUAUAAUAGUCUCUAUCUGUAGGAAAGAGAAAAUAACUCUGUCAUCUAUUUUGGCUGAAUUAUGGCCCUUUUUGGACUUUGAAAUUGGUUCUGUUUUCAUACAAGUCCAUGUUUUGUCAAAACUAUUUGACAUAUGGCUUUUAAACUUUGAACACUUGUUUAUCAUUGUGAUUUCCAUCUGUAGGCAAGAGUACAUAACUAUUUUGACUGAAUUAUGGCCCUUUUUAGCUCGACUAUUCGAAGAAUAAGUAGAGCUAUCCUACUCACCACGGCGUCGGCGUCGGCGUCGGUGUCGGCGUCGGCGUCGGCGUCACACCUUGGUUAAGUUUUUCGUACCAGUCCACAUUUUGACAAAGUCUUUUGAGAUAAAGCUUUGAAACUUUCAACACUUGUUUACCACCACCAUGGCCAGUUAUAGGCAAGAGCACAUAACUCCAUCAAGGAUUUUGGCUGAAUUAUGGCCCCUUUUGACUUAGAAAUCAUGGUUAAGUUUUUCGUACCAGUUCAUAUUUUGACAAAGUCUUUUAAGAUAAAGCUUUGAAACUUUCAACACUUGUUUACCAUCACCAUGGCCAGUUAUAGGCAAGAGUACAUAACUCCAUCAAGGAUUUUGGCUGAAUUAUGGCCCCUUUCGACUUAGAAAUCUUGGUUAAGUUUUUCGUACCAGUUGGUAUUUUGACAAAGUCUUUUGAGAUAAAGCUUUGAAACUUUCAACACUUGUUUACCAUCACCAUUUCCAGUUAUAGGCAAGAGCACAUUACUCCAUCAAGGAUUUUGGCUGAAUUAUGGCCCUUUUUGACUUAGAAAUCUGGGUUAAUAUUUCCUACCAGUUCAUAUUUUGACAAAGUCUUUCGAGAUAAAGCUUUGAAACUUUCAACACUUGUUUAUAAUCACCAUAUCCAGUUAUAGGCAAGAGUACAUAACUCCAUCAUGGAUUUUGGCUGAAUUAUGGCCCUUUUUUACUUAGAAAUCUUGGUUAAGUUUUCCGUACCAGUUCAUAUUUUUUGUAAAGUGUUUGACAUAUGGCUUUGAAACUUUUAUCACUUGUUUAGUAUAAUAGUCUCUAUCUGUGGGAAAGAGUACAUAACUCUGUCAUCUAUUUUGGCUGAAUUAUGGCCCUUUUUGGACUUUGAAAUUGGUUCUGUUUUCAUACAAGUCCAUGUUUUGUCAAAACUAUUUGACAUAUGGCUUUUAAACUUUGAACACUUGUUUAUCAUUAUGAUUUCCAUCUGUAGGCAAGAGUACAUAACUAUUUUGACUGAAUUAUGGCCCUUUUUGGACUUUGAAAUUGGUUCAUACAUUGCCAUUUAGUGCAAGACUUAUCGAAAUCAAAGAAAUACAGGAUUAUUGUUUGUCUAAUCUAUUUAUUUCUUUUGUCUGAAUAUCUGUGGAAAUAUUUUGACCCCAUUCUUCGAUCAAUUCUUCGAAUAGUCGAGCGCGCUGUCAUCAGACAGCUCUUGUUGGACUUUGAAAUUGCCUCAUAUAUUGCCAUUUAGUGCAAGACUUAUCGAAAUCAUUGUAAUACAGGAACAUUGUUUGUCUAAUCUAUUUAUUUCUUUUGUCUGAAUAUCCGUAGAAAUAUUUUGACCCCAUUCUUCAAUCAAUUCUUCGAAUAGUCGAGCGUGCUGUCAUCAGACAGCUCUUGUUUGUAGGUGUGCCAGUUUUUCUUCAUUUUUACCUUUUGAACUUAAAGGAUAAUGAGCAGUUUUUUUAUAGUUAUGAAUAGUUCAUUCUUUUAAGCUGUAUAUAUAUAUAAUCAAGGUUUAUAAUUAAACUCAGUUUUGUUGGCCAAUAAGCACUAUCAAUUAAUACUUUAAUCUCGAUUUCGUUUUCUCUUUUAUGAGUGUUUGUCAGCAACUCAGCAACUUACAUUUUCGUACCCAGUCUUGGAUAAUUCAUCUGAUAGGUCUAUAAAACUGGAAUGAGAAAUAAAAUUCUUUCCUUUGAUGUACUUUGAGUUAAUGUAGCUAUUUAUUGAAGGGGUGGAUUUUUACUUAGUUCAGAAUUAUUUCAUCAUUUCCUAUAAUACUGUGAUGUGAUGGGGAAAACCAAACAUUCAAGAAAAAAAAUGUAUCUGUUUACCCAAAACAUCUGAAUGAUUUCCUGGCAGAGUUGAAUCUUUUUAUCUUUUAUUGAAAACAUAUAAUGGGUUCUUGGAAUGGAAGGUAAAAACAUUGACAGCCAGUGCAAGCUAAUAGUAAAAAUCAGCAUGUCAGUUAUAAUAAGACUAGUUUAAUGGAACGAAACACACCUGUAUCCAAGCUCGACUAAAAGCUAUUAUUGUGGUGUGUAAUGUUCAAGAUGAUGGGGUUGAGAAUUUGAUGUUGUUUUUGUCAAUCAUGUUUAAAUUUUGCUGCAGUCUUUGAAGUAUUAUUUGGUUUUCCUUUUUAGCUCACCUGUCACAAAGUGACAAGGUGAGCUUUUGUGAUCGCGCGGUGUCCGUCGUCCGUCCGUGUGUCCAUAAACUUUUGCUUGUGACCACUCUAGAGGUCACAUUUUUCAUGGGAUCUUUAUGAAAGUUGGUCAGAAUGUUUAUCUUGAUGAUAUCUAGGUCAAGUUUGAAACUGGGUCACGUGCCUUCAAAAACUAGGUCAGUAGGUCUAAAAAUAGAAAAACCUUGUGACCUCUCUAGAGGCCAUAUAUUUCACAAGAUCUUCAUGAAAAUUGGUCAGAAUGUUCACCUUGAUAAUAUCUAGGUCAAGUUCGAAACUGGGUCACAUGCCGUCAAAAACUAGGUCAGUAGGUCUAAAAAUAGAAAAAACUUGUGACCUCUCUAGAGGCCAUAUAUUUCAAAGAUCUUCAUGAAAAUUGAUCAGAACGUUCAUCUUGAUGAUAUCUAGGUCAAGUUCGAAACUGGGUCACGUGCCAUCAAAAACUAGGUCAGUAGGUCAAAUAAUAGAAAAACUUUGUGACCUCUCUAAAGGCCACAUUUUUCAUGGGAUCUGUAUGAAAGUUGGUCUGAAUGUUCAACUUGAUGAUAUCUAGGUCAAGUUCGAAACUGGGUCACGUGCGGUCAAAAACUAGGUCAGUAGGUCUAAAAAUAGAAAAACCUUGUGACCUCUCUAGAGGCCAAAUAUUUCAUGAGAUCUUCAUGAAAAUUGGUCAGAAUGUUCACCUUGAUGAUGUCUAGGUCAAGUUCGAAACUGGGUCAUGUGCCUUCAAAAACUAGGUCAGUAGGUCAAAUAAUAGAAAAACCUUGUGACCUCUCUAAAGGCCAUAUAUUUCAUGGGAUCUGUAUGAAAGUUGGUCUGAAUGUUCAUCUUGAUGUAUCUAGGUCAAUUUUGAAAGUGGGUCACGUGCCGUCAAAAACUAGGUCAGUAGGUCAAAUAAUAGAAAAACCUUGUGACCGUUCUAAAGGCCAUAUUUUUCAUGGGAUCUGUAUGAAAGUUGGUCUGAAUGUUCAUCUUGAUGAUAUCUAGGUCAAGUUUGAAACAGGGUCAUGUGCAGUCAAAAACGAGGUCAGUAGGUCUAAAAAUAGAAAAACCUUGUGACCUCUCUAGAGGCCGUACUUGUGAAUGGAUCUCCAUAAAAAUUGGUCAGAAUGUUCACCUUGAUGAUAUCUAGGUCAAGUUUGAAACUGGGUCACGUGCCUUAAAAAACUAGGUCAGUAGGUCAAAUAAUAAAAAAACCUUGUGACCUCUCUAGAGGCCAUACUUUUCAUGGGAUCUGUAUGAAAGUUGGUCUGAAUGUUCAUCUUGAUGAUAUCUAGGUCAAAUUUGAAACUGGGUCAACUGCGGUCAAAAACUAGGUCAGUAGGUCUAAAAUUAUUAAAAUCUUUUGACCUCUCUAGAGGCCAUAUUUUUCAAUGGAUCUUCAUGAAAAUUGAUCUGAAUGUUCACCUUGAUGAUAUCUAGGUCAGUUUCGAAACUGGGUCACGUGUGGUCAAAAGCUAGGCCAGUAGGUAUAAAAAUAGAAAAACCUUGUGACCUCUCUAGAGGCCAUAUUUUUCAUGAGAUCUUCAUGAAAAUUAGUGAGAAUGUUCACCUUGAUGAUAUCUAGGUAAAAUUCAAAACAGGGUCACGUACAUUGUACCUUCGAAAACUAGGUCAAUAGGUCAAAUAAUAGAAAAACUUUGUGACCUCUCUAGAGACCAUAUUUUUCAAUGGAUCUUCUUGAAAAUUGGUCAGAAUUUUUAUCUUGAUAAUAUCUAGGUCAAGUUUAAAACUGGGUCACAUGAGCUCAAAAACUAGGUCACUAUGUCAAAUAAUAGGAAAAACAAUGUCAUACUAAAAACUGGGUCAUGUGGGAAGAGGUGAGUGAUUCAGGACCAUCAUGGUCCUCUUGUUUGAUCUUUGGUUUCUAUACUUAGUACAGAAAUUAAUUGUUGGACUAGUUACAAACCUGUCUUCAUUGCAAAAUUAUAAUAAUGAUAGUGAUGAUUUAUGCUUUUAAUGAACUUUUAAUUUGUUUAUGUUGAAUCUACUCCUAAAUUUUGUACACUAGUACUAUCCAAACAGUAUUUGUCAUUGUCACCAGUUUAAGGCUUCCAAGCGACCCUAAAAUUAGCCAAAUUCCAUAUUUCUUUGAAGUUUUGCGAAAUUUCUUAAAAAGCGUAAAAAUCAAAGGGAAUUCAUAAAGAUAACCUAAAUUUUCCUAAAUGUUUCUAUUUUUAUGACAUGACCUUGAUCAUUCAAAGAUAUUAUCAAUUAUAUUUAAAACUUUAUAAAAUUACAAAAUAAAGUAUUUUGCAUGUGUACUGCAAAAACAAAUGUGCUCAGUCAAGUUUGUUUAACUUUGCCAUCACUAUUGUUAGAAUAUUUUUUAAUGUCUUGAAUAAGAAAAUGACAAAUAUUUGUAAACUGCCAAAAUAAUAUUUCAGUUCAGGCAAAUGAUAUAAAUAUCUUUGUCACAGAUAUGAAUUGAUUUUUUUGUUGAACAGAUUCCUUGAGGGUAUCCUUUUUAUGAUAAAACUCUUUCUUUAGGCUAAUCUAAACAUAGAAUUGCCUAACAUUCAAACAGCUGAUUUUACUUAGAUUUUCAAUUGCAUUUUUUAGUUUUUCAUUAUAUAUCACAGCAUGCAUAAUUAAAAGUUAUUUCUAAGAAUAUGAAGGUGUAGUUUCAUCUUAUAUUCAAAGUUUUCAUUUUAAUAGAAAACUAUCAUACCACCUGUUUAAUACAGACACAAAGUACAUUAUGUCAAAUUUGCUUUUAAUCAUUUGUUGUGUUCAUGAUAUGUGUUACAGAUCAUUUUAAUAUAAUAGUUGUGUUGUUUAUAUUUUAUUUAAUUAUUGAUGUAAAAGUAAAGUGUCAAUAAAAAGA